AUGCGUUUGUCGUCGCUCUUUACCUCACAGACCACAGUCUCUUCUGCUCUCAUUGCAAUUGCACUCUUUACUUCGACCGCCAGCGCUCAGGACCGUACCAGUGAACAAGGCGAGGCACAGAUCACUGACGCAACUGAAGAGUGUACAGCAUAUUACUACGCUCCUGUUGGCACUGCUGUGGCAGCGGGCGAGUUCCCGACUAUUUGGGUACCGGCGACCAUUGUCGGCAAUGACACCAAUGCUCAAGCCAAGUACCAAUCCAUCCAAAGUCAAAUCCCAAAUAUCCAACCCAAGGGCACGCAGCCUGCCUCCCUUACGGGUGACUUCAGCAACUUUACCCCGACGUACCCUUCGUCUGACCCAGAUUGCUGGUGGACAUACGACCAAUGCACUACUCCGAAAUUGGCCGGAUUGCCUCCAGAUCUGGCUGCCGUCCCAGAGCCGGACACUCUCGGUUAUGGAUUCGACGAUGGGCCUAAUUGCUCCCACAAUGCGUUCUACGACUUUUUGCUAGAAAAUAACCAGAAAGCCACCAUGUUCUACAUCGGCAGUAAUGUCAUGGACUGGCCUCUUGAGGCGCAGCGUGGCAUAGCCGAUGGCCAUGAAGUUUGUGUUCAUACUUGGUCCCACAGAUAUAUGACUUCUUUGACCAACGAGGAGGUCUUUGCAGAGUUUUACUACAGUACGUCGUCUAACAUGCAAGCGAUCAAGUUGGUCGCCGGCGUAACACCUACUUGCUGGAGGCCUCCCUUCGGCGAUGUUGAUGAUCGGGUUCGGGCCAUUGCCAACGCCCUGGGCUUGCGCACAAUCAUUUGGAAGUACGACUCCAACGAUUGGCGUGCGGGCACCGGUAACAUCACUACUGCUGAUGUUGACCAGAACUACGAGAACCUCAUUGCUCGUGCACAGAACGGCACCUUCUCCAGUGCGGGUACUAUCAUGCUCACACAUGAGCUGAACAACUUCACCAUGGCCGAGGCUGUGAAGUUCUACAGCCAGCUGAAAGCUGCAUUCAAGUACCUCGUCCCCAUGGGUGUUGCUACAAAUCAAACUCAGCCAUACGUCGAGACCAACUACUCUCUACCAUCAUUUAAUCAAUACAUCAGCGGUACAACGACCAUCAGUGGUAGCGUUGCAUUCCCCACAGAUGGAUCUAGCAGUUCAACAGGGUCUGGAUCAUCUUCUGGAUCCCCUUCUGGAUCAUCUUCUGGGGGAACCACAGGUUCCACAGGUGCUGCGAACAGACCGUUAUUUGAAGGUUUGGGAAUGCUUGCUGCAGGUGCAACGUUCGUUGGCUUUGCUGUAAAACUUUUGGCGUAG